AUGGAACGGAGCCUGUGGAAGUGCUUCGACGCGUGCACCAGGGUGCUGCUGGCGUUCCCACUCUGUGUUCCCGGCACAGCCUUCUACAGAUGCAUGCAGGGACGCAAGAGGGUCAUGAAGAUGCUGAAGGAGCAGCUCGGUGCACGCAGGAACGGCCCAGAGCGCGAGGCAAUAGGUUUCUUCGAUCUUGUGAUCCACGAGAUGGACAAGCGACUCUGA